GUCAAGUGCGGGCUCAAGCUGCGGACGUGCCAACCCCCGAUUUGGACGCAAGGACAAACUGGUCUGCCCUCAGAGUGUUAGCAUUUGUCAUAAAAUCCAGGUGAUAAAGAACAGGACCAAUAAUGAAUGUGGAACAUGAAGUGAAACUUUUAGUGCAGGAAAUGAAAAGACUUGGGAAACCAAAUUCUGAUGGCAAGAUAACAGUCAAGUUUGGAGUGCUAUUUAGUGAUGAUCGUUGUGCCAACAUCUUUGAAGCCCUUGUGGGAACUUUGAAAGCAGCUAAGAAGAAGAAGAUUGUGACUUAUGCAGGGGAAUUACUUCUCCAAGGUGUACAUGAUGAUGUGGACAUUAUACUGCUGGUGGAUGAAGAAUAGCCCAAAUAAGUCACUAAAAAUAUUUACAAUUUUCAGGCAAGAGAAUAGUUAUUGAUUUAUUCACAAAUUGAAAGGUUCUGAAAUAAAUUUUGUAACUUAUCCUUUUGUAAAAAUGAAUUGUUUGUGAUAUUUGUCUUUAUAACAGUCUGUUGAUGACUCUGUUGUAGAGAUGUGUAUUUUACAUACUAGUUAAUUUUUGUAAUAAAAAUGUAAUAC